GGUCUCGUCCUAACUCCGUCGCUGUUGAAUAUGACAGUACCGGCGAAUCGCUAACAUAUGCAGAACUCAACUAUAGAGCAGAGAUUUUGGCUAUUCAGUUGUGUGAUAUUUUGUCUACAGUGAAUGGAAGCACUAGACUGGUUGCCAUCAACACCAACAGAAGCUUAGCGAUGAUUGUGGGUCUUCUGGGCAUUUUCAAAGCUGGUGCAGCGUACGUGCCAAUUGAUCCGCUUUAUCCCCAAGAACGUCAAAACUACAUAAUCACUGAUAGUAGAGCAGCAGUACUAAUUACAGAUGCAGGAUCACCGAAAACAGUGUCCGCGGCAGAGAAGCUCGAAACGAUUUGUUUGAGCAGAUUCGGCUUUGUAGACAACGUUAUACAAAAUGAUUCCGUGCUUUCCGCCAUCGUCCCAGCGUCACAGCACGGCUCAUUAACCGAUCUCAAUUCUCUCGCGUAUGUACUUUACACUAGCGGAUCCACUGGUAAUCCAAAGGGCGUAAUGGUGGAGCACGGAAAUGUUGUCAAUAUGUUGGAUCACUUCAGACAAGAUCUGAAUGUCACUGCCGCUUCAACAGUGCUGGCCAUCACCACUUUCUGCUUUGACAUCUCCGUACUAGAAAUGUUUCUUCCACUCACAACGGGUGCAAAACUUGUCUUAGCUUCUUCCACUACACAGAAAGAUCCCUUUGCACUGCAGAACCUACUCAGUGACUACAAUAUUGACAUAAUGCAAGCGACACCCUCCACAUACGAAAUGCUUAUGGCCACCGGCUGGAUGGGGAGUAAUACGAUAACAGCACUUUGUGGAGGUGAGGCUAUGCGUCCUAAUCUUAUGAGUAUGAUGUUCCAUCGUUUCAUCAACGUGUAUGGCCCAACUGAGACUUGUGUGUGGUCAUCGACAUAUGACAUCCCUUCUACUGUGGACACCACAAUCUCAAAUAUCCCGAUUGGCCGACCCAUGUUCAACACCACUUUUGAACUUUACGACUCUGAGGCAAAGGCCUUCUUGACUAUUGAAAUCAAUAGCACUACAAAUCUACCAGUGCGCGAGUAUGAAGGUGAGCUGUUCAUAGGCGGCAGUGGAGUUUCACGUGGCUACUACAAGAGAAGUGACCUUACAGCCGAAAGAUUCAUGCACAUUAAAGGGGCACGCUAUUACAGAACUGGUGAUGCAGUACGCCUGGGAACGGAUGGUAACUACCGAUUCUUGAACAGGCUGGACAACCAGACAAAGUUCCAUGGAUAUCGGAUCGAAUUGGGAGAGAUUGAGAGUGCAAUCUUACGAGUCGGGCACGACAUAGAUGUUGAGAGUGUUGUUGUUGUUGUGCGCAAUGACACACCAGCAGGCGAUUCAUUGACCGCAUAUGUGAAAGAGUCUGCAUCUGGACAAUUCAAUGUAGGCAUUUUGAAGCAAAGACUGGAGAAGGUGCUGCCUAAAUACAUGGUACCCAAGUAUGUUGUCCGGUUGGCUACAUUCCCCCUCACACCGAACAACAAAAUCGACCGCAGGAACUUGCCGAACCCGGUAUGUGCGAGUCCUAAUGCCACUGAGGAUAGAUUGGAAGCUGCACCGACAUCAGCAAAACUACAAACCAAAAAUGCCUCUGUAUCUGAUAAAGUCUGUUCAAAUCCACAACUCAGCGCCCUUAUCAAGAUCAUUACAGGCGUAGUCAGCUCGUCUACGGGCAUCAGUGCGGCAGAGUGUACUGCCGAUACUUCGCUGGAGACUAUUGGCCUAGACUCGCUGGGAUCAGUCCUUUUUCUUACUAAAUUGGUACACGCCAUUGGUGGCAUACGCAUCACACUCGCAGAGUUCCAGACUAACAGUACAUCAAUCGGGGCAUUCGGUGCGCACAUACUUACAGUACUGCGUCAGUCAGAUUCAGAAUUCCUUCGUACUCUGGUUACUGAGGAUGGACUUGACUCGAGUCUGUGCUCCAUUAUUACUGUGACAACUGAAAAUUUAAUCAGCGAUGAUAAGUUUGUGGCUCAUUCUGAUGCCAAAGAUAUGCAAUUGAGCACACGCUCGCAACACCCUCUAGGAAGCUCAUGGAAGUUACCACUGCAAGACUCGCUGACCGGUUUGCGCGGUGUAUUAUUCUUGUGGGUGUUCUGCGAACAUUAUAUGAGCCUGGACAAGGAUACUCUAGACUACUUUGGCUAUCGAGUUCACAUCAACACCACACUGUUCUUCCUUCUGAGCGGUUUCAGUGUGUAUCUGCAAAGUGAGGGUCACUCCCUUGAUGUACAGUCUUACCUCAAAAAUAAGGC